CAGGUUAUGUAUCUUUACUAUUUCCUGGCCAAUCAACUCAUGUCCUUACCUAUAACACUAGAGAGGAAGAAGAAACGAGCCGAAAAUACAUUCUUGUUAGCUUUAGAUGGUGACGUAGAUUUUCAACCCGAGGCUUUAAGGAUGUUGGUUGAUCGGAUGAAGAAAAACCCAAAGGUUGGUGCAGCAUGUGGUCGAAUUCAUCCUAUUGGUUCAGGACCAAUGGUGUGGUAUCAGAAGUUUGAGUAUGCUGUAAGUCAUUGGCUACAAAAAGCUACUGAACACAUUAUCGGCUGUGUUCUGUGUAGUCCUGGAUGUUUCAGUUUGUUCCGUGGUUCAGCUCUGAUGGAUGACAACGUCAUGAAGAAAUACACAACUCCACCAACCGAACCUCGCCAUUACGUACAAUAUGACCAGGGUGAGGACAGAUGGCUGUGUACACUUUUACUACAACAAGGAUACCGAGUUGAAUAUUGUGCGGCCUCCGACUCCUACACGUUCGCCCCAGAAGGAUUUUACGAAUUCUUUAACCAACGUCGGCGAUGGACACCUUCCACAAUGGCCAAUAUUCUUGAUUUACUGAAGAACUGGAGAAGCGUAACAAGAAAGAAUGAAGACAUCUCGUGUCUGUACAUACUCUACCAGAUGGGACUGAUGGCGUCAUCAAUUGUAACUCCUGGCACCAUACUUCUGCUUAUUGUUGGAGCUAUCACUACAGCUUUUCCUGAACUACCAUUGUUCGCUUCCCUAAUCCUUAACGUGAUACCCGUUGGAGUCUUUGUAAUAAUGUGUUUUACGGCAAAAUCAUCUACCCAGCUAGCGUAUGCUGCUAUUCUGUCUGUAAUCUAUAGUUUGGUCAUGAUGCUGGUUGUCGUUGGUCUCAUUAAACAAGCAGCGGAGAAUGGUUUCUGCUCAGUCAGCACAAUAUUCCUCGUGACUGUUAUCGGGAUAUUCUUCAUCACCGCAGUACUCCACCCUCAAGAGUUCACCUGCAUCCUCCACGGAUUCCUCUACUUUUUAUCCAUACCAUCCAUGUCUAUGCUACUGAUGAUAUACUCCCUAGGUAACUUGCACGUUGUUUCAUGGGGAACUAGAGAGUCCAAGAAACCGAUGACAACACAGCCUACC